AUGACAUCUGACGAAGGCACUCAUCAUGAGAAGUUCCAUGCAGCUCUGUUCAGACUGCGUGUUACACCAUUGGAGUCAGGAGAAACACCAGCAGAACUCUUCAUGGGUCGUCCACUACGAACACAUCUAGACAUCUACAAACCCACUAUCCCUGACAUCAACCUAGCAGUCCAACCACCACCUGAACUAGUCCAUCAUUUGCCCUUAGGAGCCAGGGUGCAGGCUCGUAACUACUCCACAUCAGGCAAGUGGCGCUACGGAACCAUUGUAGAAUGUCUUGGUAGGCUCCACUACCUUGUUGAAUUGGAUGAAGGAUACACAAUCAAGAGACACAUCGAUCAACUUCAACUAUGUGAAAUUCCUCUCACCAAGAAUGCACUUGACCAGUCUUCUCCAAUUGUUACCUUGAAGAUACCUGACUUCAGACCAAGACAACAAUUGUACAGCAACCAACAAGAUGUUCCAGUGUCUGGUCAAGAAUAUUGCCAACCAACUGACAUGAACACGGAUUUGACACAACAUGCCCUGCAACCACCUCAAAAUGCAGACAUGCAACAGAGAACACCCAUGUCAACAACUGGAGUUGUUGAGCAACAGGUUGAUCCCAGUUCCAGAGCCCAGGACCAGCCUAGGCGUUCCAACCGAGAGCGAAGACCAGUCAAUAAAUUAAACUUGUAA